AUGUCGCAGGACGAUCAAGCAUUCGAGGAGUUUCGCGAAGCAUUGAGCAGCGGUGAUGUUGACCGCAUUCGACAACUCUACGCUGCAGGGCGUCUUGACGCCGAAGACGUUUCUGAGCAACUCAUGCAAACUCCCGAGGAUCCCGUCAUGCUGCGGUGUCUACUUGAGUGUGGAGGCGACCCCAAUGAUAUCAGUCUUCGAGGUGUUGGCUCCGGUGAGGAGUUGCGCAUCUUGGCCGAAUUUGGAUUCGACAUCAAGUCGAAGGGUCACUUGAUUCUUUACAAUUUCGUUGAGGAUCAAGAAACACUCGACUGGCUGCUCGAUCGGGGUGUCGACAUCAACGCCACUGAAACUCGAGUUGUCGACAAUGGAAUCCCGUUGGCUCCCAGCGAACGUGAUUACUCCAACAAACUCCUCAAUCAGGUCGCUGCGGCCGGCAACGUUCAGUUGUUCAAUCACCUUGUGGCGAGAGGUGCCAAGGUCUCGAGAAGUUUGGCGUUACACUACGCCGCAUCACCCGCGAUGAUCUCAUGUCUUCUGGACCAGCACAAUAUGGACAUACAUGCAGACUCCGACGACUUGCGUGAUUUCUACCACGACGCCAAGGACUCUGGCACUCCAUUGUGUAGCGCAAUUUUUCAUCAAAAUCUCCCGGUCGUGGAAGAACUGUUGAACAGAGGGGCUGAUCCUGAGCGAUGCGGAAAGACUGGUCAUCUUCCUUUGGCGAAGGCAGUCGGAGAUGACUUUGGGUUCAACAGAGGUCUCCUACCAGCUCUGAGACUUCUCCUCGAUGCCGGUGCAGACAAAGAUUAUGCUCUCACAUGUUCAGUGCUACACGGAAAGGUCGAAGCCGCUCAAAUAUGCUUGGAUGCAGGAGCAGACCCAGUCUCUGCCUUGAAGACUGCGCACGAAAGGAAGGCGUCGAUAAUCGAAGAGAUGGACUUUGUUAACACAUCUGAGACGGAAAAAGAUCGGUCAGGCGCCAAAGCUGCUGAUUCUUCGAAUCGACCAGUGCUCAGCCCUUCCCCAAGGACCUGUACCUCCGCGCCACACGAGAAAUUCAGCAACAAAAUGUCGCCACUGGGAAUCAUUGGAAGAUUGGUCCUCACCCUGCUCAGCAUUGCAUCAUUCGCACCGCAGAUUCGCCUGAUUCGGGACAGAGGAGAUCUUGCCGGCAUCUCACCAUCAUACAUCCUUUACAACCUCCUCAUCGCCACAUUCCUCUUUGCCACGGCAUUACAUAUCGUUUCGUCUAUGGUACCCGACCUACCGCCCACCGAGUACUUUUUCGAUAUCGGUCAAUUUGCGGUUGUGUGGGUUGUGCAGCUCGCUCUGUUUUACCUCUCUCUGACCUUGCCAACCUACACUGCGGCGCAGAAGAGGCGGCUGGCUGCUUCUUUCGUGAGCUUCACCGCCAUCACACUCGCUCCAACGAUCUUCGAAGCUUUCAUACCCAAAGAGGAUCGAAUCUGGUGGACGGCAGGUCUGGCCUACCUCCUGUUCUUUCUCCUCGCUCCCAUAAUGCAGCUCCUUGGACUGGCGGCAUUGCACGUCCAAGUUCGAGAAACAAAAUCACGGACUACGCUUGGAGCUCUGAGCGUCGAGGGCUUGUACGCUCAGACCCUCGUGUUCACUCUUGUCGGCGCAUCGAUGGUCUUCAGAGUGAAGAUGCUCCCUGAAUACUGGGAUGGAAACCCAAGUCUCCCUCCUGAACGCAAUACACCGCUGGCUAAGCUGUGGAUGGGCAUAGUCGGGUGGUAUGAGAUGGUAGGAUGGGCGACGCUUGACAAUUUGAUCUUUGCCUUUGCCCAGGGAAGUCUUUGGUGGAUUGCUCGAAGACGAAGCGUCAGCGGCGAAAUUGGAGAGCGUGACCCUCUGCUGGAGGGUUAG